AUGUGGGCACCUGAUAUCUAUGAGGGUUCACCCACCCCGGUGACAACAUUCCUUUCUAUUGCGCCUAAAAUCUCUAUUUCUGCAAAUAUGUCACGUGUUUCUAUUGUUGCUUCCUAUGGGGGUACAUUACAACAAAUCUUCUUUUUCUGCAGCAUUGCUUCUAUGAUCUUAGGAGCACUGGCCGCCAUGGCCCAAACGAAAGUCAAAAGACCUCUAGCUCAUAGUUCGAUUGGACAUGUAGGUUAUAUUUGUACUGGUUUCUCAUGUGGAACCAUAGAAGGAAUUCAAUCACUACUAAUUGGUAUAUUUAUUUAUGCAUCAAUGACGAUAGAUGCAUUCGCCAUAGUUCCAGCAUUACGGCAAACCCGUGUCAAAUAUAUAGCGGAUUUGGGCGCUCUAGCCAAAACGAAUCCUAUUUCGGCUAUGACCUUCUCCAUUACAAUGUUCUCAUACGCAGGAAUACCCCCGUUAGCCGGCUUUUGUAGCAAAUUCUAUUUGUUCUUCGCCGCUUUGGGUUGUGGGGCUUACUUCCUAGCCCCAGUGGGAGUAGUGACUAGCGUUAUAGGUCGUUGGGCGGCCGGAAAGUUGCCAUGA